AAGGCAGCGCAGUGACAGCGACGGGUUAGUGUUACGCCGUCUGCCGUUUAGUCCAAGUCGCGUCUCCCUGCGCUGUUUUACAGGACAAAACUGAUGGAGUUGCUUGAACUAACUUCAAUUUAAUUUGUUAUGUAACUAUUUUAAUCCACGUGUUGCUUUAAACUUUGUGACUAGUCGUUUAAGUCCAGAUUUAAGUACAUUAGCGACAGUGCGAUGCCUAAAAUGUGAAUGUUGUCGUUAGCUUAACAGACACGUAACAGAACUCCGUUCGAAAAACUCGACAUUUUGAAAUUAUCUUGAAUAUUUAUACAUCUCCGUGCCUCUCAGAAAGUAAUUUAUGCGCGUUUAUUAAUCAUUUAAACCCAUUCUUUAAUUCGGCAUACACACGGGAUCAACUGUUAACAAAAUGUAUCUUUGUACUUUGAGUGCUUGACAAAGUUCCAUCCAGUGGUGUAAGAAUCACCAAAUAAAUGAAUGUAAUUCAAGUUUUUUGUUCAGUUAAAGUGACGUCAUUUCAGAUCAGACUAAACUAAUCCACGAGCUGUGAUGGAGAAUGUGAGGGAAAUGAUUAGCAGCACGGGUCGCUUGAUUUGAGUCACGUUGUCUGCCGGGAGAAAAUGGCCGGCCUGUGGAAAUCCUACCAGGCCUUGAUGACCAGAUAUCCCUGGACAGUGCAGAUAGUGACUGCAGGGUCUCUGGUGGGCGUCGGUGACGUCGUCGCUCAGCAGCUGAUCGAGAGACGAGGACUCUCUCAACACAACGUCUACAGAACAGCCAAGAUGAUGAGCAUCGGCUUCUUUUUCGUAGGUCCAGUCAUCGGCAGUUGGUACAAAGUUUUGGACAAAAUCGUCGUUGGAGGAACAAAAAGUGCUGCGAUGAAGAAAAUGCUGCUCGACCAGCUGUGUUUCGCUCCGUGUUUCCUCGGCGCGUUCCUCACUAUCUCCGGCGCCCUGAACGGACUCACGCUGGACAAGAACGUCACCAAACUCAAGAGGGACUACACUGACGCUCUGAUCUCAAACUACUACGUUAGCCGUGGUCCAGGUCGUCGCCGUCGCCUGGAACUCGUACCUGACCUGGAAAGCAAACAAGAUGUGAAGGACGAUCAUCGCGAACCUUCUCUGUUUCUCUUUGUGUUUCGGUUGUUUUGGAUGAUUUCACACUUGUGUUUUUGUGUGUGUUUGUGAGUGAAUGAGUGAGGGACAUGUGGAUGAACUCUCUUUCGCCAUAAACGUGUGACUGAGUCACGAGUGAAGAUCCACUCUGACAAAUUCACACUUGAAAGUCAAACGUUUUGUUCUUUUUGUCGGAGCAGACGCUGACAAACACUCACACAUGAAUUAACACCGACUCACUAAAAGGAAACUUGUUUUGUUUUGUUUUUUAUCCAUCACUUGAAGCAGAAACUUGUUAAUGGAUGAUUUAUUCAGUUUAACAGGACCACAGUUUGUUUUCAUUUGCAUCUUUGAUGUUGUUUUGUUUACAAAAGCCUCAGGAAAGUCAUGUUUGUUUCUUUGUUUUUAGUUCCUGACUUUUAGUCAAUUUACACAAGAUCUGUGAUUAAAAAGCAACAAAUGUCCUCAACAAAAAGAAAAAACACUGAUUUCUGAGUGAAAACGAUGUCUGAUAUUGUGUUUAUGUCAAAUCCUCCUCAUAAUUAUGAGAUUUUGCAUUCAAAUAAAGUGAAUUCUUUCACAACCACAAGACAAAAAAAACA